AUGUCAAGUAAGGGCAGAAAAAAACAAAAUACUCGGAGGCACAGGUAUGAGGAUAACGGUGAGGACGACGCCCAAAGUGAACUCAACUACGUUUCAGAAAGGGACUCUAGAAAGACUAAAGAUGAGUCACGAGGUUUUGCAUUGGGACAUACGAACCGAGAAAAUGAUGCAGCUAUGUAUACUCCUACUCCAAUGGUCAAUAUCACGUUACCAACUCCAGAAACGUUCUCUUUUACUCCGAAUGAGUGGCAUUCCUGGAGGAAUCGCUUUCAAAGGUACAGACGGGGUUGCGGUCUGGAUAGCACUUCCGACACUCGGCAAAUCGAUGUACUUUUGUUUGUAAUGGGUAGUAGAAGUGAAGAUAUUUUCGAUUCGUUUUCACCAAAACCUAAUACUUAUGACGAGGCUCUUAGGGCCUUUGAUGAAUACUUUGUGCCAAGACGGAAUAUAAUUUAUGAAAGAUCAAAAUUUUUGAGACACAAGCAAGGGAGUGAUCCAUCUGAAAAAUUUAUAACAGAUUUGCAUGGCCUUGCGAAAACGUGUGCAUGGGGUGAACUAAAUGAUGAGAUGAUGCUUCUCGUCCUCAUUAUUGGUAUGCAAGAUGAGGGUCUGAGUGAUAGAUUCCAGCUGGAAUCUCAAUUGACUCUGGAGAAAGCAAUUAAUACCUUGCGCCAACAUGAGGAGCUAGAACGCCAAAAACGUGAACUUGCCAAUACUAAUGUUUUUUUGGUAAAUAAAACGUCAGUUCAAAACGGUAGACCGAAUCGGACAGAAGGAGUUUGUGACCAGAAAUACAUCGAGGAUGCAGAAAAUACAAAGAAGUGCAGGAAAUGUGGUUAUGAUUGGCACGGAUCACUGGCCGAAUGUCCUGCUAGGAAAGCCAAAUGUGACAAAUGUUCCGAGAUUGGACAUUUUUUUCGAUGCUGUCCCUACCGCGAAAAGUGGAUGAGAAAAAACAAAAACGUUGUUAAAGAAAUCGAACAGCAAGUUUCAGACUGUGGAGAUCUACAGGUUCCUGAGAUUUUCAUCGGGAAUAUAGAAAACAAUGACAGAGCCUGGGCCCAGGAGGUAAAAGCAAGCUGUGGAAACCAAGUGUUAGGGCUUAUAAAAUUUAAACUUGACACAGCCGCUGAUGUAACCAUGAUUCCAGUAGGAGUUCUUGGCGAUUUUAUUAAGACUCUGCCUCUAGGAAAGUGCAAAUCCCCUGUGUACAGUGCAAAGAAGAAAGAACGAAUCAAUAUUUUGGGAACUUUAAGGCUGAAGCUUGAACAUAAGGGUGUAUCAAUUUAUGAUCAUGCUUAUAUUUCUGAGGAGAUCACUGUUCCACUUCUUAGCAGACGUUCCUGUGAAGAGCUGAACCUGGUGAAGAGGAUCUUUUCUGUAGAUUCAUCAGAUAUUGACUGGGUUACUAAGUACCCUAAUUUAUUUCAAGGAUUGGGAAAUAUGAAAGGAGAGUACAAGAUAGAAAUGAAGGAGAAUGCAGUUCCUUAUGCUAUAUCUACCCCCAGGGUUGUACCAAUACCUUUAAAAAGCAAGGUGAAAGAGCAGUUAGAGAAUAUGCUUGAAAAAGGAGUGAUUGUCCCAGUUGAACACGCGACUGAUUGGUGCGCACCAAUGGUAGUUUGCGCAAAAAAGAGAGGUGGGGUUACGAUCUGCGUGGACCUAUCCAAACUCAACAACAGUGUGAAACGUCGGUUUUAUCCCAUUCCAAAGAUGGAACUUUCAUUGUCCCAGAUCGCGGGAGCCAAGUACUUCAGCAAGAUCGAUGCGGAUUCCGGGUUCUGGCAACUGAACCUUGCAGAGGAGUCUCAAGAUUACACAACAUUUAUCACCCCUUUCGGGAGGUAUAAAUUCUGUAAGGUACCUUUUGGAAUUACAUCUGCUCAUGAAGAGUUUCAGCGCCGUAUGUCAAAAGCUUUAGAAGGGGCAAAGAACUGUUUAGUGCACAUUGAUGACUGUUUGAUAUGGGGAAGAACGAAAGAGGAACACGACGAGUGUCUUAGAGCCGUUCUAGAGAGAGUGCAAGCUAAUGGAAUCGCUUUGAAUAAGUAG